GUCAAUGAACGUCAACGAAAUUCAUAAAAUAGGUUAAGUUUCAAGGACGUCAACCUUUUUUUUAUCGUAUUCUUAUCAAAAAGUCAAGUGUCAUCGAAACCAUGAUAUGCACUUUAACACGGUGCUUGUGACGAGAUCAAACGUGUGAAAUGGCUCUACGAAAGUUAACGGACGCGGAAUGCGGGGGCCCUAACGCCCUCGUCCAUCUAACCUCACAUUUUACCAGGGAUAGAGCAUUCGCAGAAACUCAUGGUCAUGCCUUCCCGGCGAGUUCCGAUCAACUGGUGGAACAGUUCUUGGCGGAAACGAGGGCUGCGCCCCAAACGUUUCGAAUGGAUGAUUUGAUGCGGGAAAUGCAUGAGAUUGAGUCCCAAAGAGCUGCAAUACCUCCAAUUCCAGCUUCCGCGGUAAAAGAGCAUUUAAAUGAUGAUGCAUGGGCCUUACAAUAUCUCGAAGAUAGCAGACAAUUUAAUCAACAUCCCGACCACGAAAGAAUUUGGAAUGAAGUGGCACAAGAAGAACCUCAAAUCUUUGAAAUGACCCCUAAUUGGACGGAAGAAUAUUUUCAAGAACAUUUGGAAAACGUUGAAACACAACAAAACGCGUCUGAGUUAGCAGAGAAAAUGGGAAACGACCCCCGGUUUGAAUAUUCCAAGUUCUUGAAAUUUAUGAAGCAGGUGGGUAAUGGUGAAAUGAACUUGCAGGAACCACAACUACAGGACGAGGCAGCUGCUUGGAGUCAAGAAUUUCUAGGACAGAGUGCUAAAGAGGAUCCUGAUGGUUUGGCACAAUCUUGGGCGGAAGAACAUACCAAAACUAAUGAAGAUGCGUUUAAUAAUAAAUUUUGGAAUAAUUUACAAGAAGAAUGGAAAAAAUUGGCUGAUACAGAAACGGAACAUACUUGGGCGAACGAAUUUAACGAUGAAUAUUAUGACCCAUACAAAGAAUACAAAUUUUCGGAUGAAAAUCCAUUAGCAGAUAUAGAAAAUCCUUUGGAAAGAGGCAAAGAAAUGCUUGAAAAAGGCGACUUGCCUAGUGCCGUUCUAUGUUUUGAAGCAGCUGUUAAAAAGGAACCUGAAAACGGCGAAGCUUGGCUUUUAUUAGGAACUACACAAGCUGAAAAUGAGCAAGAUCCUAAAGCAAUAGCAGCGUUAAAGCAAUGUUUAGCAGUGGAUCCGACGAAUUUACCUGCUUUAAUGUCGUUAGCGGUGAGUUACACAAAUGAAAGUUACUAUAACCAGGCCUGCCAAUCGUUGGUUACAUGGCUGAAAGAGAACCCGAAGUAUCGCGAUUUAGUCGCGCCGGACUUUUCGAUAUCUGGGCAAGUUACAAGCUUGUUGAAUCCGAAUCAUCACAAGAUUGUACAAGAUCUUUAUAUAAAGGCGGCACAAAGAAACCCCACCAACGUUGAUUAUGAGGUUCAAUGUGGUUUGGGAGUUUUAUUUAAUUUAUCUGGUGAAUAUGAAAAAGCUGCAGAUUGUUUUAAAGCUGCUUUAAACGUAAAACCGGAUGAUGCUAGAUUAUGGAAUAGAUUAGGUGCAACUUUAGCUAAUGGAAGUAUGCCAGAACAAGCUGUUGACGCAUAUCAUAGGGCUUUAGCGUUAGUUCCCGGAUUUAUUAGGGCGAGAUAUAACGUUGGAAUUACUUGCAUUAAUUUAAGUGCUUAUAAGGAAGCAGCUGAACAUUUUUUGAUAGCGCUAAAUCAACAAGCCAGAGGGAAAGAUGUAACUAAUUCAGGUGAAAAAACCCAAAUGUCCGAAACGAUAUGGUCGACGCUGAGAAUGUGUGUUGCGUUGAUGAACAGGCUCGAUUUAAAACCGCUCGUGGACCAACGCAACUUGAAAGCGCUAAGUGAUAUCCUUGAGAUACAUGACUGAGGAACAAGAAUAUAACAGAAAAAAGAUGAAAAGAAAAAUACCAUAAAAUAAAUUGAAGAAGAUGUAGAUAAUUAGUUUUCUUUGUAUGUAUAUAGGCACCAAAAUAUAAAAUUGGGAUUUGUUUACAUUAAUGAUAUUAGAUUUUUCUUUAAAUCAAAAUAAAAAGGUUAAUUUGAAAGCGACAUCUGUUAAUCAAUAGUGGAAGAACGAAAUAUUAACAAAUAAGUUUUUUAUGCAAAAAAAACUACGUUUAUACGCAAUAAUUUUAUUUAUAACUUCAAUAAUAACUGUUGUAAACGUAUAACAUAAAAAAUAUAUUUAUAAAAGUGCAAUUAUAUAAAUACUAUACACUAUUUCAUUCUUUUUUGUUGGUAGUAACAGGUGUUCAAAAAAUAUUGUCCAAACUCUUUUUUUUUUUGCUGUAAACUUAAAAAGUAACAUUUUCUUUCACUAUUCACAGUCGGUAAUAAUUUUUGAACAUUCGUUACAAAAGGAAUGCAAGAACUGUUGAAAUUAAAAUGUCUAAUAUGAUUAAGAAAUAGUAAGAAGGCAAAAAAAUUAUGUCUAGAAAAAAUCUUAUUUUUGUAUACAGCUGCUAAAUAUAAAUACUUUUUAAUUUGCAUAUAAUACUAUUAAUAACGUGUAUUAUUUUUAUACGUUAAUAUUACUAUAUUUUUUAAUAAGAAUGAUUAAGAGAAAUAGGAAUAGUAGUAAAAAGUACAAUUAAU